AGUGAUAAGUAUAGUUGUGUUUGAGUUGCAUCAUUUUUCCUCAUAGUUGCAAAGUUGUGUGUCUCUCUGAGUAUCUGAAUUGGCAGUGAUAGAUUAAUUAAUCUGUGUCAAUAAAUAUUAAACUAAUUUUAUUUUUCAUUAUCAAAAAACGAAAGAAACUACGAUAUUUGUGUAGGAAUUUUCAAACGUAUAAAUGAUCGUUUCAAACAAAGUCAGAAUUUAUCAUGGUUAGAAUUAACAUGUUUCGACCGGCGAGAAAUCUUUUAUCAACAUUUAAUCGCGUUAAAGAAUGUCGCGCAUUGCAUACCAGUUUUCAAAAUUUAACAGAAGUCACAGACUUUGAAUCCGUUAUUACCGAUGAAUACAAAAGAGGACCUGCCGAAGGGAGGUCCCUUUAUUUGGAUGCCCAAGCAACUACACCAUUGGAUCCACGAGUGUUAGAUAAAAUGAUGCCUUAUUUAACAUCUCAUUAUGGGAAUCCUCAUUCCAGAACACAUAUGUAUGGAUGGGAAACAGAAGCAGCAGUAGAAGUUGCUCGCGAUCAAGUAGCUAAUUUAAUUGGUGCUGAUAAAAAAGAAAUAAUAUUUACAUCUGGUGCAACAGAAUGUAACAAUAUAGCUGUAAAGGGUGUAGCAAAGUUCUACAAGGCAAAAAAGAAUCAUAUUGUGACAACACAGACAGAGCACAAAUGCGUAUUAGAUUCCUGUAGAGCUUUGCAAGCAGAAGGUUUUAAAGUGACUUAUCUUCCAGUAAAACCGAAUGGUCUCAUUGAUCUAAAUGAACUAGAAGAGACAAUUACACCUGAUACUUCUCUUGUCUCUAUAAUGAUGGUAAAUAAUGAAAUUGGUGUAAAACAACCAAUUGCAGAGAUUGGUGCUAUUUGUAGGAAAAAGAAAGUAUUUUUCCAUACAGAUGCAGCUCAAGCUAUUGGAAAAAUUCCAAUUGAUGUCAAUGCUAUGAAUAUUGAUUUAAUGUCAAUCAGUGGUCAUAAGAUCUAUGGCCCUAAAGGAAUUGGAGCUUUGUAUGUGAGAAGAAGACCAAGAGUUCGCGUUGAAGCACUUCAAAGUGGUGGUGGCCAAGAAAGGGGUAUGAGGAGUGGUACUGUUCCAGCACCCUUGGUAGUAGGCCUUGGUGCAGCUUGUGAAUUGGCACAGUCAGAAAUGGAGUAUGAUCACAAAUAUAUCACAAUGCUCUCAAAUCGUUUAAUUAAAAAUAUACUGUCAAAUUUACCACAUGUUAUACGUAAUGGGGACGAAGUUGCUUGGUAUCCUGGAUGUGUUAAUUUAUCCUUUGCAUAUGUAGAGGGUGAAUCUUUAUUAAUGGCAUUAAAAGAUGUUGCCUUGAGUAGUGGUUCCGCUUGUACUAGCGCUAGUUUGGAGCCUAGUUACGUAUUGAGAGCAAUCGGAGCAUCCGAAGAUCUGGCACAUUCCAGUAUUAGAUUCGGUAUCGGUCGCUUCACGACGAUCGAAGAGGUUGACUUCACUGCGGAGAAUACGAUCCGCCAUGUUAAAAGGCUUCGGGAAAUGAGGUACGUUUGGCUAAGUUACAAUAUGAGUAUUUAUUCAAAGCAGGAUUAUCUUAUUUUAUUUAUGUAUAUUUGGCCGUGAAUGAAAAAUGCACGAUAGUCACAUUAAACGGAGGGAACAGAUUCAAUUUCGGACGUUUGCUAUGAUUCAGCAUCGAGUAUUAAUAUUAAGCGUUGUACUUAAGUAGUAAUGCUUAUCUGAAUUGCUUUUCUUGCAGUCCAUUAUGGGAAAUGGUUCAAGAGGGAAUUGAUUUGAAAACAAUUAAAUGGUCUCAGCACUAGUGGCUUUUGUUCACAUUAUCUCGAUUAUCAGUUUAUGUAGAUAAUGUGGAUUAAGUGUAUAAUGAUACCGAUCGUAAGUCACGAAUAGAUCGCGACUAUUUAAGUAAAUUACUUUUCGCUGUGUAAUAAAUUUUUAUUUAAAAUCCA